AUGGCUGAGUUGCGUCGAGUUUGUCUGAUCUCCCCGUCCAAUACGUUGCCGGUGGUGAAUCUAUUGGAGCUGCAAGAGGGCCUUGAACCGCAAGUGCCUCCGGAACCACCAGAUCCGUCGGAUCUGCCUCUCACGCCGAGUCUUGCCUCUUACCGUUGUUAUUCUCUGCUUUCUCCAGUAGAUCUUAGCCUCGGUGUUGCCAUAUCAGAGCUGCUACAAAAGAAUCAAAUUCAUCCUCCCUUGUGGGAGACGUAUCUCAAAAGAAGAUCUGACGAGGCUCAGACCACCCUCCGCCGCGAUUAA